GCCGUGUCCUGGCUGGCCCACCCAGACCGAGACCUGGAGUGGGCUCUGCAAGUGGUUGGUGUGGGCGUCGCACUUCUUCCCGGAACUAUUCCGUGCCCUGCCUCUGCAGCCCAAUGGGGUGUGCGAGUGAGGGGCCGCCUGAAGCAUGAUCUGCUGGAGCCCCAGCAACUUGCCUGAAAAAGACCACUCGACCUGGACGAAUCCUUUGGCAGCUUCAGACCGUCCUUGAGGAGGAUGACUGAGACAAUAUGGGCCACGCGCUUUGCAUCUGCUCUCGGGGAACUGUCACCAUUGACCAUAAGCGUUACCUCUUCAUCCAUAAAUUGGGGGAGGGUGGGUUCAGCUUUGUGGACCUAGUGGAGGGGUUGCAUGAUGGACAGUUCUACGCCCUGAAGCGAAUCCUGUGUCAUGAGCAGCAGGACCGGGAGGAGGCCCAACGAGAAGCAGACAUGCAUCGCCUCUUCCAUCACCCCAACAUCCUUCGCCUCGUGGCUUAUUGUCUGAGAGAGCGAGGCACUAAACAUGAGGCCUGGCUGCUGCUACCCUUCUUCAAGAGAGGUACGCUGUGGAAUGAGAUAGAAAAGCUGAAGGACAAAGGCAACUUUUUGACUGAAGAGCAAAUCAUUCGGCUGUUGCUGGGUAUCUGCAGAGGCCUUGAGGCUAUUCACGCCAAGGGUUAUGCCCACAGGGACCUGAAACCCACCAAUAUCUUGCUUGGCGAUGAGGGGCAGCCGGUUCUAAUGGACUUGGGGUCCAUGAAUCAAGCAUGCAUCCACGUGGAGGGCUCCCGCCAGGCUCUGGCCCUCCAGGACUGGGCAGCCCAGCGGUGCACCAUCUCCUACCGGGCCCCGGAGCUCUUUUCCGUGCAGAGCCACUGUGUCAUCGAUGAGCGGACUGAUGUCUGGGCAUUCUUCAGCCUUGCGACAGCUGCUAACCUCAAUGAUGACUGUGGACCCCCAGCAGCGCCCUCACAUUCCUCUGCUCCUGAGUCAGUUGGAGGUGCUGCAGACCCCGGCUCGGGACGAGCACACUACCCACAUCUGAACAAACCUGAGGCCACGUUGAGAAGGUGGCCCCCGUGCCUUGGCAAGGAGCUGCCCUCCCUCAGUAGAAUCUCCAUCCAUUCAGUGCAGGACCGCGCCCUUGUCACUGGGGGCAGCUGGGGGCUGGGACAGUUUGCUCGGCCUUCUGUCUCUGAUUCUGCUCUCACCCCCAAGAGCAGUAACUGGACUGGAGGCCUACCUGGGUGGGGGUUGGGGAGGGUGGGGGAUGGGGAGAGGGGAACUGAUAGAAUAUAGUCAAGGCUCUGAGCAGGACUGCUGAGCAUACAUCAUGAUCUGCCUCCAAAUCUGGGGGCAGGAGAAUGUAUAAAACAAGAAUAAAGUGAAAGCAGCUUGG